AUGCAUACCGUCUACGAAAGCGAAAACCUGCUGGAGUGCAGCAACUUCAUCCUGCGAAGCAAAGAAUCGAUUGAGGAUUUUUUGCAGCUAAGUGAAAUAAAGGAAGAAAAUGAAGAGAACUACCUGAGUUACAACAUAGAAUGUGCGCUGAGCAAAAGUCUGGAGGAGGAGGGAGGAGGAAGAGGUGCACUGGGCAGAAAAGACACCUCCUUCAGAAGGAGAGAAACACUAAAUAACGAGUCAGCCAUUGAAGGAGAGUUAAACAAAAAAUACAAAUACGGAGUGUCUGACCCAAUUACGCUUAACUACCCCACGGAGGAAGAUUUAAAAAAAGCAAAUGACGUGGUGGAAUUGCUAAAAAGCUAUAACUUGUUCGAAACGGAACAGGCGUUAAAGAAGAGGGAAAGGGUACUAGGAAUGAUUAACAAAUUAUUUCACGAAUUUGUGGUGGAAAUAUCUAUAAGUCAAGGGAUAAAUGAAGAAGAUGCAAAACAUAUACAUGGGAAUUUAUACACCUUUGGUUCCUACCGAUUAGGAGUUAUAACCCCGAAUAGUGAUAUCGAUUGUAUCUUUUUAGCACCUCAAAAUAUAACAAGGGAAAUCUUCUUUAAUGAAUUUUACUUAAAAUUACAGCAGGAUAGAAAUGUGCGAAAGUUGCAGUCCCUCCCGGAGACCUACACUCCUAUAAUACAGUUCAUGUAUGACGAUGUGGACAUUGACUUGCUGUUAGCGACUUUACCAUACAGAACGCUAAAGGAUUGCUACUACUCACUAGACAAUGAUUACAUUUUAAAGAAUCUAGACGAAGUGACGGUAAGGUCGCUCAACGGUAUAAGGGUAGCUGACCUUAUAUUAGCCUCCGUACCACAUAAGGACCACUUUAGAAACACCCUCCGGUAUAUCAAACUGUGGGCAAAGAGCAGAGGAAUUUACAGUAACAUUUUAGGCUUCCUUGGAGGAAUUUCAUGGGCAUUACUCACAGCCAAAAUAUGCCAACUUUACCCUAAUUAUAAUGUUAGCCAAUUGAUAGGCAAAUUUUUUAGGGUCUAUUCUAUAUGGAAUUGGAAAUACCCUGUCCUUAUACAAAAUAUAAAUAAGUACAAUCAUGUAGAUGGCUUGAGAAACUUCUCUGUUUGGGACCCCGAGAAGAACAUCAAAGAUAAGUUACACGUCAUGCCGAUUAUCACUCCUGCCUUCCCCUGCAUGAACUCCACCCACAAUGUGACCUACUGCACGAGGAGCAUCCUCAUAGAUGAGUUUAAGAGGGCCCACUACAUCAUCAACUAUAUGGAAGCGAAUCCGGGCGCGAAUGUCACCUUUGUUAUGAACCAGGCCAACGGGAUCGUCACUCCGGUCAGCGCGCCCACCACGAGCAGCAGCACCACCGGCAGUGGCAGCAUCCCCGGCAGUGGCAGCAUGUGGACCAACAUACUCCAGCCACUUGACCUCUUCGCAUCCUACAAACACUUCCUGCACAUCCAGAUCAUGGCCACCAACGAACUCAUAUACAAUUCCUGGAAGGGCUGGAUUGAAAGCAAAAUUAGGCUCCUCUUCAAAAAAUUGGAAACCAUCAACGAACUCAAAAUCAGACCCUACCCUAAGUUCUACGUUUACAAGAAGGAUAAGUUUUACUACUGCUCCUCCUUUUUUAUAGGGCUUGUCUUUUUUUUAAAAAACGUCUACGAUAAUACCUUCAAUUUGUCCUACGCCAUCCGCGACUUUAUAGACAUUGUUCUUAACUGGCCGCAAAAAAGCAAGUACCCAAAUUCGUACAAAAUUAAUAUAAGUUACCAGAAGAAGUCGCAAGUUUUGGAGUUCCUCGCCAGCGUCACGUCCGGUGCGGACGCCCAGCAGGGGGAGGAACCCGCUGGGGAGGGGAACCCGGCGAACGGGGAUGCGUCCCCCGGGGGGGGCGAAGCGGUUAGCGGUGAGGCGGUCAGCGGUGCGUAG